CGCGGCAACGCCAGCGACAAGCGCGACAUUUGUUCUCUCUUUCCAUUGAUAACGGUAAAGGGUGAUUAGUUUGUUAAUCACCAAUAUCAGCGCACAGUCAAUGGAAUUACAACUGGAAGAAACAGUUAAACACAUUUCGGCAUUUAGUUGAGCACRGCAGCUGGCUGUGUAAGAAAGGAGCUCGUUUGUCUCUAUUCAGCUACCAAAUCCAUUUAGUUCGGGUUCCAACAUGGUUUCGGUAAAGGCGCUGAAGAGGAGUAUGGUCGCACGUUUGAUAAUUGCGAUCACAUUCUUCUCCUGUGGAUUCGGUUGUAAUAUCGUACAAUGUCUGCUAAUGUUAUUCAUCAAGCCCUUUAGCCCGAGUCUAUACAGAAGUUUAAUAUACUAUCCCCUGUAUGCAUUCUACUCACAGAUGGUCGUCCUUGCGGAAUGGUAUGGGGGCGGUAGAUUGCACCUCUAUAUGGACAGCGAGGACUUCAAGCAUGCUGGCAAGGAGCAUGGCGUAGUCUUAAUGAAUCACUAUUACGAAAUUGAUUGGCUUGUGCUCUGGAUGCUCCUCGAUAAACUGAAAAUGUUGGGCACAUCGAAAGCAUUUGCCAAGAAGCCAAUUCGGUAUUUGCCAGUGCUCGGUUGGGCCUGGUGGAUGGCGGAGUUUGUGUUCCUCAAUCGUGAUUUUGAGAAGGAUAAGGCGAUUAUUGCCAAACAGCUAAAAAUCAUCUAUUCCUAUCCGAAACCUGUUUGGUUGCUUCUCACAGCGGAGGGCACACGCUUCACGCCCGCCAAGCACGAGGUCGCCCUGAAAUUUGCCAAGGAGAAGGGCUUGACGCCACUCAAGUAUCAUUUGAUACCACGCACGAGAGGAUUCACCACCAGCUUGCCCACAUUGCGUAGCAUCUGCCCGGCCAUCUACGACAUGAAUGUGGCAUUCAAAGCGGACUCAGACGUGCCUGUAAAUCUAAAUUCGGUCUUGACUGGCGAGACACUGAAUCCGUACAUCCUUGUCCGACGCUUCCCCACGGAGAAAAUCCCAACGGACGAGAAGGAGGCCGCUGCCUGGCUGCAUAACCUCUAUGUAGAAAAGGAUCGUAUAAUCGAGAGCUUCCACGAGUCGGGCAGCUUCUUCAAGACRUCGGGCAUCAAGGAAAUGCCCUGCACCGUCUUCGAGCCACGCCCCAUCAGUCUGCUCGUCUUCAGCACCAUAGGCAUCUCCUCAAUUGGCUCCCUCAUCUAUUAUCUGAUCGUAUCAUUGCUGAGUGCCAACUUGGGUGGCGUCAUCUUUGUAGUAGCUCUAGUCGUGCUAUUUUGGGUGUUGUUGAGAAAAGCAGACAACGUUACGCAGGUCAGCAAAGGAUCCGACUAUGGCGUCUCCGAUAGCAAAGCGAAAACCAAUUAAGUUUUAACCGGGUUCUUUUAAACGGGGAUUUAGGCACUAUGUACAUGCAUUUAUAUGUAUAUUUCUUGUUAACGAUUUUUAUAAACGAUUUGAUAAGUUAAAUAAAGAAUUGAAAAGU